AUGAAGAGCUUCCAUCUUUACUACUUGGCCCUCCUUGUCCAGACAGCCCUGGCUCAAGACCCCGGAGUACCUACCCGGGAGAUCCCCCCAGGAGCUAGGAUUUCCAACAAUGAGAUCCGCUGGACAGACCCCGGCUGCGACCACUCACAGAACUAUCCCUGUGAUGAGGUGAUCCGCAGAUGCUACGAUGGCCAAAGGCCCGCUCUGACCCCCAACCAGCGGCAUUUCGCCUGCUGCGGUGUAUACCAGCAGCUCCGUGGCAGCGUUGACACCGAGUUCCACUGCUGUCCCGAGGGCCACGAUGUUGUCGGCUCCCGCGGCGUGGGAUACAAGUGCUGCCCGGCUGGACAGACCUUCAACGGCAGCUUCUGUGAGAAGGUCUGCCAAAAUGGGAAGAAAUUGGUCAACGGCGAAUGCGCCUGCCCGCCCAACACGGUCGAGGCAUACGAUGGGUCUUGUCAAGUGAAGAAGGCCCCGGCUCCGGUGGAUUGUGCUUCUGGUCUCCAGACCGGCAAGUGCUACACCUUCAAGUCCGACAAUGCCAACCACCUCAGCCACCACGGUGACGGCAAAUACCAUGCGGAUAGUGCGUCAGAGAUGCAUGGCAAGUUCCAGCUGUGCCGGGAUGGCCACUGCACCCCCGGACUGCCGGUCAACCCGUCCGACCAAGUUUUCAUCCGGGACCUCCACACGGGCCCUAGGAAAUGGGGCGGCUACUAUCCCGCCACCAAGUGGCUGUCGUUCUGCAGCACAAGUGGCCAUGUGUAUCGCCAGGAUGACUUCACCACCGCAGGCCAGUUCUCGCUGAGCAAGUGGCCGUGCGGUAAGUACUGUCUGGCUGGAUUCCAGUGGGGACUUGGCCCUGCUGUGCCCACCCUCCAGUCACCUCUGUCAUUCUAUGAUGGCGAUGACCAGAUGUGUGUUCCGUUUGAGCUGAAGGAAGUCCCCUGUGAUAUCCACUCGGACCAGAACAACUGCGUGUGGAGGAAUGGCGAGAAGCAGUGCUGUGGCAACUAUGGUUGCAUAGACAAGGAGCUGUGA